GGUACACUUAAUUGAAGGCCUCCUUUUUCUCUGUAAAAAAAGAAGAGAAAAAGAAAAAUUGAAGGCUUCCUUUGAGAGAGAGAGAGAGAGAGAACGCAUCGAUUUUCCUUCCAUUCCCGAAUUUGGAAGCAACUUCGCGUCGACGAUCGAGAAGAAGGAUCUCUCCGUCACCGCGUUGACACACCGAUCUAGGUCUGGUGUCAAUCAGGAUGCGAUGAUGUAGGAAGGAGAGAGGUUAGGAGUGUUUGGGAGAUUGAGUUUGCAUUGGGAUCGAUGCAGCAGAUGGGAAGGAGGGAGAGGCGGAAUGGGAAUUAUAAUCACAACAAUUGUGCUUGGUAUGAUAAGGAAGAUGUAGAUCAUAGAGAUAGAGAUAGAGAUAGAGAGUCUUUGCCGAUCUCGUCGCCUCCGUCUGCGCGUUCGUCCGGUGGUGCAGUUGGUUGCAUCCAACACCCAGUUUCCAAGAUGGACACUCUUGCCGGCAUUGCCAUCAAAUACGGCGUCGAGGUGGCCGACAUCAAAAAGAUGAAUGGUUUGGUUACAGAUCGUCAAAUGUUUGCUCUCAAGUCUCUCCAGAUUCCACUACCCGGAAGGCACCCUCCAUCUCCUUGUUUAUCAAAUGGUUCCAGCACUCCCGGACAGAGCAGUUCUGACCAGACCCCACCCCGGCAUGUGCGCAGUGAUUUUUUUGAAUCAUUUCAGUCCCUCAGAGUUAAGUCUCCCCAGCAGAGGGUCUCUCCCGCCAUGUGCUCUUUACAAGGUUACUAUGGACUCAAACCAACAGAGCAGAAAACUACACAUGAAGGUUUUGAAAUGGCAGUCUACAGAGGAGGAGGUUCUCAUUAUCUAGAAGAUGGGCCUUUCUUCAGCACCUCACCACCUUCAAAUCCACAUUUGAGCCAUCACCGAAAAUCUAAAAGCUUAGUUAAUUCAUUGUUGGAUGAGAAUGGUGAACUAGUUGACAUCAUGCCAGUUGCAGAAGCUCGGAAUGGUGACUCUGAUAAACGGAGUGAGAAACUGCACAGAAGGCGUCAGAAGUCAGAAGCUGACUUCACUUGUCGCACGCCAGAAAGGUUAUUGGAAGACAACAGCAACAGUGGUGGGUUUGUGGCAAUAACGGGAAAGGGCUUAGCCUUGAGAUCUAAAGCAGCAAGCCGAAUAAGUGAUGCGGAAACAGGUGGGUUGAACCCAAUACCAAUUGUUCUGGGGGAUUCUAUCACGGCAGAUAGCUUUUCUGGGGUGAGGAAGUCGUCAAGCACAUCAAGUUUGCAGGAUCAGGAGAACAGUGGUUCUUCAUCCAUCUGGACUUCUACAAGGUGGAGUUUGAAGCCAGAUUUACAGGCCCUUUCGAAUGCAGCCAUUGCAAAACCAAUCUUUGAUGGCUUGCCGAAGCCGAUACCGCCUCGAAGAAACAAAGCCGCACUUGAUUAGUUCAUGUUGAUAUAACUUAAUUUGGGUAUCCAUCUUGAUCAUUUUUUUUUGUCUGAGGCCAUCUAUUGCGCUCAUAAUGGGUAAAUAGAGAGAUAAAAUAGGAACGGUUAAACAAGGGAGUUCAUUGAUCAAAUGCAAUGUCGAUUUUCUGUUUUCUGGAGAAGAUUUUACAUAUAUACUAAGGAAGCGAACAUAAAGAGCAAAGGAUGGGGAUGAAAGAAGCAGCUGAUACGUGGAUGGUUUGGAUGGGGGAUGAAAGGUUUUUGCUAGAGGAACUUGUAUGUAUGCAUUACGGUGCCUUUCAUGGAAUGUAUAUUAGAUUUUUAGGUCUCCAAUUUAUGGAAAAUUUGCUUAUUUAUUUA